UUUUAUCUUGUUCAUCCGCCGCGAACGCGUCUAGUCCCCCGCCAGCAGCAGCCACGGUAGCCGCAGAGCCAUCCUAGACAGCAUGUCCGGCGCCAGCGGCGAUUUUUCCCAUCUUGAAGACACGGCAGCUGCAGAGGCGGCCAUUGCUGCUGCCGCAGUUGCCGCAGCUGGCCUGUCGCAGCACCAGCACCAGCAAAAUGGCAAUGGCCACAGCCAUGUACAACACGGCAAGCAGCAGCAGGAGCAGCCAAGAAGCCGAAGUGGUCGCGAAGACAUCGUGUCGCCGCCUCCACCCCCGACAGCCGAGGAGGCGCUCGUGGCCGAACAGCAACAGCAGGAGACUUCAGAGCGCCAGCAGCAGCAUGCGCAAGGCUCUGGCUCGCAAAGCUAUGAUCCCCACUUUGGACAUGCACAACAGCAUCAUCCAGAAGUCAACUCGCACGUACCGCUUCCCGGCACGCCGGCACAUGCGGCGCACGCCGCCUUACAAGGGACGCCAAGCCUGAACGGCACCGAAGGUGGUCCACUCUCCUCCACUCCUGUGCACGACCACAGCUUCGGCCAGAGCUUCCAGCAGCAUCCCCAUCAUCACGACCAGAGCAUCAGCCACAGCCAUGGAGGUGGUGGUGGCGCCGCCGCCGACACGUCACUGCAGCUGAGCGAGUCAAUUGGGCGACACCUGGGCCCCGGGCGUGCCUGCGGGCGGUGCCGGGAGCGUAAAUUGCGCUGCGACGGCGAGAGGCCGCUUUGUGGGCAAUGCGCCAAGGUGCGCCGAACGUUCGAAACGAAGAGCCUCAAGACGGGCAAGCCGCUGGACGAAGAGAGCUGGAAGGGCCUCUGCGUGUACAGCGACAACCCCGUGAGGCGCAGCGCGAGCAAGCGCAAGGACAAGGACGGUGCCCCGACGCUCCUCGGUCCCAACGGUACGCCGUUGAAGAGGACCAAGAAGGACAGCCAAGGAGGAAAAGGAGCAGCCGACUACACUGCCGGGCUGCAGCUUAUCGCAGACGCCGCGCACGGCGUGGCGAAAGAUGGGAGGGGUACGAAUCUGCAAGGCGGUGAUUCAAUCGGCGGCGCCAACGGCCACGUCGGGACAUAUGGGCUGCCGUUGCGAUCCGCAGAUGCAUCGACCUCCUUUGGUCCACGCCAUUCGGGCGACGGCGUCCCGCCGCCGCCGCCGGGCGCUGGUGGGCAAGAAGACGCGCAGGGACGGCUCUUCCGUUCGAUCAUGGACUCGGCCGCCGCGUCUGCCGCUGCACCGCUGCAGGCACACACGCUUUUCCAGCAGCAACAGGCUGGCCCGGGCGGCUAUGGCUUCCAUGCGGCUGCGACGGCGGGGCCCGUGACGCGCAUAGUACCCAACGUGAACAGCCACAGCCUGGUUGAGAAAAACCUGCAGCGCAUGCUCCCGCCGCCGGACCUGCUCGUGCGGCACGUCCAGCUGUUCUUCGAUACGUUCCCUUUCAUGCACGUCGUACAGCCGGCGCGCUUCGUCGGGCGCGUCGUCGAAGGCGUCGACAGCGAGCGCUUUCCUGCCGCGGCGCUGCUGCACGCCAUGCUCGCGUGGGUGUAUACGUUCCAGCCGGGUGACGCGCAGCCGUGGGACGCGCAUGCUGCCGCGCUCAUGGGCUACGAUACGGGCUUCUUUACAUUCAUCUCACCCGCCGCCAUCGGCCUCAGCACGCCCAACUCGACCGCGCCUUCGUCCGCCGACGGCAGCGGUAGCGACCGCGUCAGCACACUCGCACAGGCCGUCGCGGAGAACCCCGCGGCGCGCCAUGCGUCCUUUGCCAAGCAGGGCGUUUGGGCCUCCUUCAGCGGCUGGCGCCUCGACGUCUGCAACGCCUCGAUCGUCUUGGGCCAGUGGCUCUACGCGACAGCCAACCUGCCCGACUCGUGGAUGCAGGCAGGGCUCAGCCUGCGCGCGUGCGUGCCUAUCGCGCUGCACAAGAGUCGCAAGCCCGCGCCCGAGGACGCGGUUGUCGGCGCAAGCGGCGGCGGCGCGGGCGGUGGCAGCGGGGCGUCCGCCGGCCUGCCGGGGCCGUCGAGCGGGUACAACGUCUACGGCUCCAUCGCCAUUCGGCCCGACCCCGGCGCCGGCGGCUCGUCCUCUGCGACGACGGCACACGCGUCUUCGUCGUCGAGUAACGGCAGUCCGCGGCGCAGCGUCAACCUCAACGUGCCCGCGGCGCUCGGCCUGCACCCACCCAAGGACUGGAUUGAGGAGGAGGAGCGCCGGCGCACAUUCUGGAUCGCUCUCGCCAGCGACCGCACCAGCUCGUCCACGACCGGGUGGGCGUGCAGCUUUGCCGAAGAAGACGUGCUCGUCGAGCUGCCCAGCGCCAGCCAGGAGGAGUUUGCCGCUGGAGAUCCAAAUGUACCCCCGCCCGGGUCAGAGCAGCUAGUGUCAGACCAGAUGAUCGACGACGUGGACCUAUUUACGGAAAAGUUUGUCGACGGUCUGGGGCUCUACAUCAAGGCGUGCGUGUUGAUCGGGCGCGUCGGGCGGCAGCUGUUGCGGCUGCCGACCAAGCCAUUAGAGAGCGAGUACCGGCGCAUCUUUUCGAGCGGGAUUGAGCAGGACGUAGACCGGUACGACGAGAGCAUGCGCAACUUUAUCCAGCACAGCAACCACGCCACCAUCAUGGGCGCCAUGACCGCCGAGCUCGCGACGACGGCGCAGCUGAUGGUGCAGGUGUGCCGGCUGCUUAUGUAUGAGCCGCUCAUCCCGUUUGACAAUGCGGCGGUCGCUAAGACCGACGAGGCAUGCACCCAGGCGGUGGGCAUCAUCGUGAAUUAUAUCUCGCUGCGGCACCCUCCCGUGUAUAGUUGGUGCGUCGCCCAAGUCGCGCGCACGAUUAUCCGUCAGAUGGAGGCUGGCGAGUGCCGGUCGCGCGAGCCGCACACGCACAACCCGAACGAGAUGGCCGAGAAGCGGGCGCUGCACGAUCGGUUGCAAGUGUGCUUGUAAGUGCUGGCUGCACGCAGGACGUUGGGGCUGUGCAGGGCGCGCGUUGGCUGACGGAUUGUCCCUGCUGCUGCUGCUGUGUGUGUGCAGGAACUACCUCAAAGAGUACGGACGCUACUUUGAGCUAGGCAACUUGCAGCUGCGCGGCCU